AUGAGCGCAGACGCUCUUCCAAUAUCUCGCCCUGCGGCGGCGCUCGGCGAUGCACCCGCCGCAGAUGCUGCUGCAGCUGGCGCUGCCGCACGUCACACUCUUCCCGCCGUCGGGGCACGCUUCGCCCUCGGUGCGGACCGCGGGACGGUGCGCUACGUCGGCGCCGUGCCGCCCGCCGCGGGCACCUGGCUUGGCGUCGAGUGGGACGAGCCGUCGCGCGGCAAGCACGACGGCUCGCACGCCGGCGUGCGGUACUUCAGCACUCGCUCGCCGCGAGCGGGCUCCUUUCUGCGCCCGAGCGCCAAGCUCUCGUUUGGCACGUCCUUCCUCGCCGCGCUCGGCGCCAAGUACCUUCCCGCCGCGCCGCAGACAACACCCACCACGACACACCCCGCCCCCCGGUUCUCGCGCCGCAACCUGGCCGACAUCGAAAUCGAGGCGCCUAACAUGGACGCCGUGUCGCAGCGCGUGUCGCGCCUGUCGCGGCUGCGCCAGGUCGGCCUGGGCGGCUGGCGGGCGGAGGAUGAUGCAGACGGCGCCGCCGAGGUCGCCAGGGCGUUUGGCGAGGGCGAGCAGGCAGGGCGCAUUGCAGAGACGUGUCCGAACGUGCGCUGGCUGGACCUCUCGCGCUCGCUGCUGCCGUCGUGGCAGGAGCUGUCGCUCAUCACGCGCGAGCUGCGGCAGCUCGACACGCUGGUGCUCCACUGCAACCGCCUCGAGCAUGAGCAAGGAGCGGCUGUUCUGCCCGGCUUUGCUGCCGUGAGAGACCUCGGCCUGGACAGGUGUCUGCUCGGCUGGGAUACCCUCUGCGACCUCGCCGCUUCGUUUCCGGCCCUCGAGACACUCCAGCUCGGCUUCAACGACAUUGGCAAGCUGUCACACGCUCGCGAGGCGCCGCGCCUGCCAGUCUUUGGCAGCUUGCAGACACUCAACCUCGAGGGCAACGGCCUCACGUGCUGGCGCGACAUCGUCGACGCCCUCGCCAGACUGCCCGCGCUCGAGCGUCUCGUCUUGUCCUCAAAUCCAAUACACGCGAUUUCCACGCCGUCGGCGGCCGAGCUCGCGGGCGAGCGCCUCUUUCCGUCGCUGAAGCACAUCUCGCUCAUCGACGUGCCCCUGGCGCGCUGGAGCGACCUCGAGGCGCUCGACAUGUGGCUGCGCAGCGGUCCGGCGGAAGAUCCAAGCGGGUCCGCCAGCGGGGCAGACGCGCAUGCCCGCGCUGGCCUUUCAAGCCUGGCACUCGGCGGCACGCUUUGCCCACUGGCGAGCACCGAAGAGCUGCGCUCGCUUGCUAUUGCGCGCCUCGGCGGCCUGACCCAGCUUAACGGCACGGCGGUGCACCCAGAGGAGCGCAAAGAGGCAGAGCGCUUCUAUCUCUCGCGGAUCACAUCCGACAUGCCCGAUGCCUCCGACGCGCAGCGGACCGUCCCGCAUCCCCGCUAUCCCGAGCUCAAGCAGCGGCACGGCGUCGUGGCGCACGCACCCGGCAAGGCCGAUCUGCUGCAGAGCAAGCUCAUCGAGCUCACGCUCCACGUGUCGCCGGCCGCACCCGCCGCCGAGCCGCCGCACCUCACCCCAGUGUCCACCACGACCGUGCGCGUGCUGCCCACGACGGCGCUGCGCCUGCUCCGCACCAAGCUGGCCAAGGCGGCGGGCCUGCCGGACAAAAAGGCGAUCCGCGAGAUGUGGGCCAUGCUGGCGCCGCAGGCUGGCCCCGGCGCAGAUGGAGCUCUCGCUGGCGCUGGCCCCGCCGCAGGAGACGCUCUCAACCCAGGUGACGCUCCCAUCGUGUUCCCCCUCGACCAGAAGAGCAAGGCCCUCGAGUGGUACCAGCUGCGCGCAGGCGACGCCGUGGUGCUCGUCAUCGGCUAG